AUGGACACAAGUCAAGAUAUUGUAAUUGCAGACUCAAACACAACAGAUAAUGUUGAAGUUAGAAGUAUUUCACCAAGAGUUGCAGCUAUAUUUGAUGAUAUUUAUUACUUUUUCUAUAAAGAAAUUGAUAUUGAAUUUACAAGAUAUACAGAUAAUAAAUUAAUAAGUGAAAGAAUGUAUGGUAAAAGAAUUGAUUUCUUUAUAAGCAUUUUAUAUAUAACAAGAAAUAUUAUUGAAUCAUAUAAUAAUGUUGAAUUAUUAAAAUGUUUUUUUAAAAUGUUAAAUCAUUGUUCAAAACCAAAUGAAAACAUUGAAAACUUUUUAAUGAAAUUGUUCACAUAUUUACAUAGUGAUUCAAUUUUAGAUAAUAUUGAAAUUAUCAGAGCAUUAAGAGAUAACAAAUUAAAGAUUAGAAGAGAAACUCAAGACUACUUAAAUCAAAUACUUGAUAAAUUUUAUAAAAAACCAAAAGAAGCUGAAGAAAGAGAUGGUGAUGAUGGUUUACCAAUGGAAUUUGUACGUCAAGAUACUUUAUCAAAAUUAUUUAGAGAGAUUUAUAAUGAUAUUAGAGAUCUUUUACCUGAACCAAUUCAAGUUAGACAUUUAUUAUCAAGAAAUAUAGAUGGAACAUUCAAAUUAAAGGAAGUAUUAUUUUAUGAAUUUGAUAGAGUUAGUGAGGAUCAUUGGUUUUAUGACGAUGGUAAACAAAGUAAUAUUUAUUCACCUGAAGAAAUUAAUAACAACACUAAUAAUAAAAAUUCAGUUUUAUUAGAUGCAAAUGAUAAAAAUGAAAAUAAUAAUAAUAAUAAUGAUGAUGCUGAUGAUGCUGCUGCAGAUGAUGCAGAUGAUGCAGAUGAUGAUGAUAUGGAUGAUGAAAGCGAUAGUAAUAACAAUAACAAAAACAGUAACAAUAAAAACAGCAACAAUAAAAACAGCAACGAAAAUAAUAAAAAUAAAAGAACUAAAAGUUCAUCUAAAUCUCCACAAUUACCUGGAUUAUGGACAGAUGAAGAAUGUAGGUCAUUAAUUAAGGCUGUAAUGAUAAUAGGUCAUAGAUGGAUAAAGAUUAAGGAGGAUUAUUAUUCAACAUCAAAAAGAAAACCAAGUCAACUUAAAGAUAAAAUGAGAUCAUUAAGAAAAAGAUAUGGGGAUAUCAAAAAUAUUGCAAUUGCUUAUUUCACUAAAGCAGAAAUUAUCGAAAUAGAAAAAUUGGCCGUUCUAUUCCAACAAAAGGAAGAAGCUCAAAAAUUAGCAAAAGAAAAAAUUGAUUCAUUAUCAAAUAUAAAAUCAACCUCUAAUACCUCUGCCGCUUCUGGCCAUAAUAAAGGUAAAAAUGAAAAUAAUGAUAGUGAUGAAGAGGUCGAUCAAGAUAGCGAUAAUGAUAGUAAUAAUGAAGAUAAUCAAAAUGAAAGUGAAAGUGAAAAUGAAGAUGAAAAUGAUAAUAAUGAAAAAGAAAAAGAAAAAAGAAAUAAAAAGAAUUCAGCAGUACCACCAGCACCAGCACCACCAAAGAAAUUAAAACCAAUUGAAGAGGAAGAAUCUGACGAGGAACACAAUGAUAGUGAAGAAGAUAGUCAAGAAGAUAGUGAAGAAAAUGAAUACAUAAUCAAACAAAAAAGAAAAUCAAAUCAAAUAAAGUCAUCACCAAAAAAAUUAAAAACAAACCAAAGUGUUGAUAAAAGUGAGGAUGUUAAUCAAAGUCAUAAAAGCAAAUUAAAAUCUAAACCUCAAAGAAAGGUAGAGAAAGAAGAAUCUGAAAAGGAAGAAUCUGAAGAGGAAGAAUCUGAGGAAGAGGAGGAGGAGGAUGAUGAGGACUAUGAAAGUGAAGAGGAUAAAAAGAAGAAAAAAUCAAAAAAAACACCAUCAAAUCAAACUUCUACACAUACAACAACAACCACAACAACAACAAGAAAAUCAAAUACAAAACCAAUAGUUGUUUCAAGUGAAGAGGAUAGUAGUGAUGAGGAGGAAAAAAGAAGAACUAAAACUUUAUCAAAGAAAUCAAAUCAAACUCCAACCACACCAACAAAGAAACCAAGUCAAACUCCAACAACUCCAACCAAAAAAUCAAAUCAAACUCCGACCACACCAACCAAGAAACCAAGUCAAACUCCAAUAACUCCCACUAAAAAACCAAACCAAACUCCAACCACACCAACAAAGAAAUCAAGUCAAACUCCAAUAACUCCAACUAAAAAAUCAACAAAUAGACCAAAAUCAAUUGAAGAGGAAGAAAAUGAACAAGAGGAACAACAUGAAAAAAAUCAAAAUAAACCACUUAAAAAAAGAGUGUCAGAAGAUUGGUCAAACUCAUCAGAUAAAACUUCAAAUAAAAGAUUCAAAAGUCCAGAAACUUUAAAUAAGGAUUCAAAAGAAAAUAAAAAAACAAUUUCCAAUUCAAGAAGAAAAUAA